GAUCUGAGAAGAUUCCAGGGUUGCUGCUGCUUUACCGAAGCUCCGUGCGCCUGGCUCGAGGCACUCGCGGACCAUCUCGCGCAGCCCAAGCUCUGGGGGAGCCCCAGAGUCCAGAUUGGGGAUCUAAGUCCCCUGUACGCAGCGGAGAUCGCCGCGGCGUUUCUGAGAUGCCCGGGAGAAAGGCGCGUCGGAACGCGCCAUUGAACCCAACGCGGGCAGAGUUACCGCCUGAAUUCGCAGCUCAGCUCAGGAAGAUUGGAGAUAAAGUGUACUGCACGUGGAGUGCACCGGACAUAACUGCGGUUCUGGCGCAGAUGCCUGGCAAGAAGUCGCGAAAGAGCACGAUGAGAAGAAGCCCAAGCCCAACCCGGGUGCCAGCAGACCUGAAGGACGAGUGUGAUCAACUGCGGAGAAUUGGAGACAAAGUGAAUUUACGGCAGAAACUUCUGAAUUUUAUUUCCAAGCUCUUCAAUUUAAUAACCUGAGUCCUUCAUAAACUUUUGCAAGAAGGGACCUCCCAGGAAGGAAGUUCCCCCAGUUGGCGCAAAUGUCUGGUAUUGAAUGGACUGUGAUGAGAGGGAAACACUGGCUUGCUUUUGGUUCCCUGAGCAGGGAGGGGUGAUGAAGGAGACGGAAAUGAGUUUCUUGGGAAAGUUUUCGGUAAUCAUUCUUUGAGAUGUGAUAACGUGAAACCAUGCUUAUUUUUAUUUUUAAAAACAAGAAGAGAGGAGUUGUGGAGGUAGGGAAGUAACUAGUAAUAAUCUGUCUUUUCAGGGUUGUUCUGGUGUUUUUGCCAAAGGUUGUCAAGAAUAAUAGGAGGGGGCAUGAUGAGUGGUUACAUUGUAUGUGGACAGACAUACAGGAUUGCUUUUUGACAACUCCAGGACAAUGUACUGUUUAGCUCCAUCCUCAUAAUCUUCUAAGAGGAAACAUUUCAUUUUUUUAUAACACUGAAUAUUAUAGUGAAAAUUGAUUUUAUAGGUCACUACAAGUUUAACUGUAUUGUGUCUGUUUAGAUGACUUUUAAGUGUUACUGUAACCGUUAACUGGAGAGUAUGGGGAGACUAAGUAACUGGGGAAAUUAGAACUAUAGCAAAGUCCAUAGGUACCAGUCUUGCAGCUUGAAUAGUAUGUGAUAAAGUGAGAGUUUGGAUUUUAUAUAACCUGAGACAAUGGAGAAACAAACUUUUAGAAGUUGAUGUAAUUAAAACUUAGUAAUUCAUAGGAAGUUUUUAAAAUUUUAUAACCUGCCACAGAUAUUUCUUAGAAGUUUUUUUUUUUUUUUUUCCCUUGUUUCUGUUUUUGGAGACAGGGUUUCUCUGAGUAGCCCUGGCUAUCCUGGAACUCCCCCUGUGGACCAGGCUGGCCUCGGAAAUCCACCAGGGCCUUGCGCUUCCUAGGCAAGCGCUCUACCACUGAGCUAAAUCCCCAACCCCGAAAUCCACCUUUCUUUACCUCCCAGGUGCUGGGAUUAAAGGCAGGCACCAGCAUCCCUGGGUGCAGAGUUUCAUUUUAAAUUUGGCCUAUAAAUGGGAAACUCAGUAGCAAAUCAGUCCUGGUCAGCAGAGGCAAGAGACUUGAGUAGACUUUCCCAAAAUGCAGGUGACCAGCAGAUACAUGAUUCAGAGACGUGGAAAUGAAAACCAUCACCAGAUGAUUGUCUGGGUUUGCCUGUUACUGGAAGGGAAAGAUAGCAAGCAGAGUAAGGACUUUUUGUAUAUUUUUGCUAGUAGCGUAAGGUAGGACCUUUAUUUUGUUAAAAAACAGCAUUGAGGCUACUUUAAUUGCUAAUAAAUGAACCACCUUAAACCCAGCUGUCCCACCACUGAGAAAGCACGCAAAGGUGCUAAUCCGUCUGCUGAUUAUACUUCUGUAUUCUUUUUUAUCUGUAUCACACAAGACAAGGAAACAACCAAUCAAGGGCUGAAAGGAUUUUUAAACGUGGAAACAGAAACAGAAAUGAGUCUUAAAAGGCAGGAAAUGAUAUUUGUCAAAACAUGGAUGUUACAUAUCCCAGAUGCUUCACUUGUCACUUAAAAUUUUGACAGAAGUCAAAGUGAACUGAUAAGAUGAUUAGGGAGGAGGAGUGGGAUGUGAGAAAAGGGCCAAUCAAUUUUAGACUGAAAACUGGAAGGGUGUUCUGUUAUUUUACCCUAGAGGUGACUACAGUUGAUGUAUACUUGACAAUAACUGAAAAGGUAUUGCCUGUUCUGGCCACAAGGACUUGAUGCCUACCAGAAGUUGAUGGGGUAUGCUAAUAACUGGGGGAAUCUUUCCCCACAGUAUCCAUGUGUUGAAACUAAGCCCAUAAGCACGUUUAAUUUGUCAGUUGACUAAAACCAAAAAUUGUCCAAAACAUUGAGAAAGUCCCUCACGAUUGAGUUUUAUCAGGAAUGAUAUUUAUUUUACCUAUUUAUAAUUUAAAUAUUUUGUUUACUUUCUGCAUGUGUAUCAGUUUUAUUUUUGUUUUGAGACAAGGGUCUCGUGACCAUGGGAAGGGUGUCUGUCAUGUGGUUAGUCACUUUGGAUGAAGUUACCUCAGUAGUUAGUGGGCCUCAGCAUUAAGGUUGUUUACUCUGAAGUUUUUUUUUUUGUUGUUGUUGUUUUUUUACCUGAAGGUAGACAUCUUGCCCAAUGGGUAUUUAUGGUCUGUGACUGUAUUUAUAUGUAUGCUUCUGAAAACUGAUACUGUAGCCUCAACUAUUAAAUAAAGGUUGAUACUGAAGCAACUGUUGAAAAAUGCCA